AAGCUCCGCGGCGCCUAACGGGCUGGGACACGGGCUGGGACACGGGCUGGGACACGGCUGGGACACGGCCGGGACACGGCCGGGACACGGCCGGGGCGGGACUGGAGCGGAGCCGUGCCAGGUGCCCCAGCGGAGCGGCCCCGCACCUGUCCCGUAUGCGCGGCUCCCGGGCUGCCGAGCGCUGAGCAGAGCCGAGCUCCCCCCGCGCCGCCCCGGGGCUGCCGCCGGGCCAUGGCCGCGGCGGGGACGGAGCUGCCCGGCGGCAACGCCAGCGCCAACCAGAGCGCCACCGACCCCACGGUGUCGCGGGACGUGUGGAUGGUGGGCAUGGGCAUCCUGAUGUCGGUGAUCGUGCUGGCCAUCGUCUUUGGCAACGUGCUGGUGAUCACGGCCAUCGCCCGCUUCCAGCGCCUGCAGACCGUCACCAACUACUUCAUCACCUCGCUGGCCUGCGCCGACCUGGUCAUGGGGCUGGCCGUGGUGCCCUUCGGCGCCUGCCACAUCAUCAUGGAGAUGUGGAAGUUCGGGAACUUCUGGUGCGAGUUCUGGACCUCUCUGGACGUGCUGUGUGUCACGGCCAGCAUCGAGACCCUGUGCGUCAUCGCCGUGGACCGGUACUUCGCCAUCACCUCCCCGUUCAAGUACCAGAGCCUGCUGACCAAGGGCAAGGCACGUGUGGUCAUCCUGGUGGUGUGGGUGGUGUCAGGCCUGACCUCCUUCCUGCCCAUCCAGAUGCACUGGUACCGGGCAGAGCACCAGGACGCCGUCCGCUGCUACGAGGACGAGAUGUGCUGCGACUUCUUCACCAACCAAGCCUACGCCAUCGCCUCCUCCAUCAUCUCCUUCUACCUGCCCCUCGUCGUCAUGGUCUUCGUGUACGCCAGGGUCUUCCAGGUGGCCAAGAAGCAGCUGCAGAAGAUAGACAGGAGCGAGGGGAGGUUUCACACCCAGAACAAGGAGCAGGAGCAGAAAGGGGGAGCCGGGCACCGCCGCUCCUCCAAGUUCUUCUUGAAGGAGCACAAGGCCCUCAAAACCCUGGGCAUCAUCAUGGGCACCUUCACUCUGUGCUGGCUGCCCUUCUUCAUCGUCAACAUCGUGCACGUCAUCCAGGACAACAUCAUUCCCAAGUACGUGUACAUCCUCUUGAACUGGCUGGGCUACGUCAACUCUGCCUUCAACCCCCUGAUCUACUGCCGCAGCCCCGACUUCAGGUACGCCUUCCAGGAGCUGCUGUGCCUGCGCAGGUCCGCCCUCAAGAUGUACGCCAAUGGCUACUCCAACAGCAACGGCAGGAGCGACUACAACGAGGAGGACAACGGCUACCCCCUGGCCCCGGAUAAAACCUGCGAGCUGCUCUGCGAGGAGGGCUCCUUCCCUCGCCCCGAGGACUUUUUGCACGGCAAAGAGAUCCCUGGAUGUCCAGGAAUGGUGGAGAGCUGAAUGAUGCUGUGUUCCUCACCACGCUGAGCUCGCCAGGGCUCUGCAGAGAUGGAGUGGGAGCACGGCCGCGCUCCCCUGAGCGGGGGAUGCUGUGGGGAGAGACUGCCUUGGCAAGGGCCUCAUCCCAACCCAUCACCACCCUCCAGCACCUCCAGGAGAGGCUGGGGAAGGACAACCGAGGGACCAGGAGAGGCUCUGGGAGCCGUGGAGGGCACCGGGGAAGAAGGAACUGAAGGAGGGGAUGUCCGAGCCGUGCCAGAACGAGGGUUUGUGCUCCUUUUCCCUUGGAAAACCCUUUCCCAAAGGGAGCAGCAGCCCCACGUGUGGUCUCCAGCUGGUUUGGGAGAGGCACAGGCAGGUCACUGCCUCGAGGCCAGGUCAGGAGCAGCCUGGCCACGUGCUGGGUGGGGAUCCAGGUGAAACAGGAAUCCAAGACCAAGGGAGAGGAGCAUGGAAGAUUCCUCCGAUUUAUUCUGUGCUGGUUUCUCCUUCUGGUGUCUUCUCUGUCUACCUCUUCUUCUCCAGAGAGCAUGAGGGGCCCUGACUGCCACAAAGGAGCACAAGGAUUGGCACAGGGCAGGAGUGUGGCCUUUGUUGGCUCCUUGCUCCAAAAAAAUCUCCCACUGUCCUGCCUGGACCUUGCAAAGGCUGGGACCUGGCCAUCCUUCUCCUUGCAGGAAAUCACAUUUCAGCAGGACCAGCCUGCAGCAAAGAUUUCCCGCCUGAGGCUCCAAACGUGACAGAACAUCCAUCCCCCUGCUGCAGCUGUGGGGAGGAGCACGCCGAGCUCCUGAUUUUGGAUUGUGGAAAACUCAUUAAGCAGAGAAAGGGAUGGAGGGACUUACUGCCUCAGAAAAACAGCAGGAAAAACUGACUGAAAACCAUAAAAACCGUGCACUUUGGACUGGCAGGGGGCGGCCCAGCUGCAGCUCUGUGGUCACUGAGCUGGGCAGGACGUGCUGGUACUGAACUGUGGGAGCCCCGUCUCAGACCUUCCCUCUCGGGCUUCCAGCUGCAAAACCUUUCCCUCAAGUGCAAUCCUAUUUAUUUAUUUAUUGUCUCGCUGCUUGAUGUGAAGCUGCUAAAGGAGCCCCCUCCCCACAAACCCCCAGAUCUGUGUGAGGGCACUGGGCAGAGGGGCAGGGCACAGGGACCCCUCCCUGCUGGACGUGGUGGGGGGACUGGGCUUGGUGGUUUUUAAGGUUCCUUCCAACCAAAACCGUUCUGUGAGAUCUGAAAAGGAUCCAGAAGUGUCCCAGGAUGGUUGGGUGGAGCUCUGAGCAACCUGGGACAGUGGAAGGUGUUCCUGCCCAUGGCAGGGGGUGGCACUGGAUGAGCUUUAAGGUCCUUCCAUUCCAGGAUUUUAUGGACAGGGAGUGGACACACGAGGGGAGAGGAGAAGCUGAGACCAGAACUGCAGUCCCUGGGAUGCAAUUUGGACCUUUCAGGGACUCAGAGCAAGCUGGGCAGGUCUUUGUUGGGAAGGACAGAGGCUGCAGGAGCUCAGCAGGGCCCCUCUGUCCUGAUUUUCUUUCUGCAGGGCCAUGGCUCUGGGAGAAUUGCUCCCCUGGGGGGCUCUCACAUCUCCUGCUGCUCUCCCACCCUGAAAUCCCUGGCACAGCUCCCAGCUGCCCUGGGAGAACCUGAUUUCUCCCUUCCCUCUGAAGAUCCCCGCCAAGGCUUUGUCCAAACCUGCUGAAGGGAGGUAUUUCCCAACACAAACCUGCUCCUCAAAGAUUCCUGGCUGCCUCCAGUCCCUCAGCCUGUCCUGGAACCUCUGUCCUUGGGAUUGUUGGUGGGUUAGGGCCGUGCACGGGGCUGUGGCAGUUCUCCUUGUCCCCAGCCCCUGAUGUGCCAGGGCAGCUACAGGGCCAGGAGGGGAUGAACUUGCUGCAGUCAUUUGCCAGCCCAAAAGCAGGGCCUGCCUCUUUGCCUUGCAGAGCUGUCCAAGCCCAGCAGCCUGCCACCCCUCAGGCUUGAUUCCAGUCACUGCUGGAUCUGUUUCUGAGCUCCCUGACCCCGGGGUGCUUGUGCUGUCCCCUGGGAGGUGGCUCCAUGACCCCAGGGUGGUUGUGCUGUCCCCUGGGGUGUGGCUCCAUGACCCCGGGGUGGUUGUGCUGUCCCCUGGGAGGUGGCUCCAUGACCCCAGGGUGGUUGUGCUGUCCCCUGGGGGGUGGCUCCAUGACCCCGGGGUGGUUGUGCUGUCCCCUGGAGAGUGGUUCCGUGCUCUGCAGCAGGAGCUGCUGGGGAUUCUUCCACCCGCGUUUUCUCCUGGAAACUUCAUUCCAUUUUCCCCUGGUGCUGCUCCUCAGGCACCUGCUGUCCUGCCCCUUGAGCAGUGCUCCUCUUCCCCUUCCAGGACCCUCCCUGGAUGCUGCUGCUGCCUUCCCGUGGCUCAGCACAGGAGGAGCCUGGCCAUGAGUGAGGCUGUCAGGAUCCAAACCAUCCCUGGAGCAGCCUCCGGCAUUGCCCAGCAGCUGCUCCCCCUGGGAAGGGGCAAACAGAGCCAAAAUGGAUCAGUGUUGGCACUGAGCACUGGGAUCCCAAAAUAUCGGGAAGAAAUCCUUCCCCGUGAGGGUGGUGAGGCCCUGGAAUGGAUUUCCUAGAAAAGUUGUGGUUGCUCCAUCCCUGGAAGUGUCCAAGGCCAGGUUGGACAGGGCUUGGAGCCACCUGGGGUAGUGCAAGGCGUCCCUGCCCAUGGUAGGGGUGGGAAUAAAAUGAUCUUCAUGAAUUAAAUGAUCUUCAUGAAUUAAAUGAUCUUUAAUGUCCUUCCCAACCCAACCCAACCCAUUCUGGGAUUCUGUGACCCCGUGGGGAGCAAUCCCUGCUAGGGACAAAUGCCAAGGUCCGGCUCAGCAAAGCCCAGCCUGAACACCCCAGGAUUCCCUGUGGAGAUGUCCUGGGAGCGUGGGGAAUGGGGAGCUGUGUGUGCCCUGCCUGGGAAUGGCAUCCACGGGCUCUGGGAAUGGCAUCCAUGGGCUCUGGGAAUGGCAUCCAUGGGCUCUGGGAUUGGCAUCCACGGGCUCUGGGAAUGGCAUCCAUGGGCUCUGGGAUUGGCAUCCACGGGCUCUGGGAAUGGCAUCCAUGGGCUCUGGGAUUGGCAUCCACGGGCUCUGGGAAUGGCAUCCACGGGCUCUGGGAAUGGCAUCCAUGGGCUCUGCACGGCAGGAGAGCUGCAGGGAGCUGGGGCAGGCGUGGGGAGCUGAGGCUCCGUGGGAAGGGUCACGGCUCUGUCCCCCUCAUGAACAAACUGUUCUGACAAAUAAAGGAUGGAAAGUC